CCUAUCCAGUGUUGACUCUGGUCGCCUGCUAUUGUAGGCCCAAAGUGCGCUUGUUUUAUAAUAUUUGAGACCUUGUCGUCGAAAGUACGAGCAGGAAAAGGAUAUGAGUGUCAUUCUCUGCACGGGUGAGUCUUUCGCCGUAUAUCUAUCGCCUUCAGAUUUGAACGCAAGAUCAAAGGGUCUCCAUCUGACGUGUAAUCUCCGGGGUCUUCUGGCACAGCGGGUUAUGAUCAUACUAUUCGCUUCUGGGAGGCCCUCUCUGGCAUCUGCUCCCGCACUAUCCAGCAUCCGGAUUCUCAAGUGAAUCGUCUUUGUAUAACUCCUGAUAAGCGCUUUCUCGCAGCCGCUGGUCAUAACAAUGUCAAAUUAUAUGACAUCAAGUCCACCAACCCUAACCCGGUCAUGACCUUCGAGGGCCAUACCAACAACAUCACUGGGGUUGCAUUUCACUGCGAAGGGAAAUGGAUGGUUACAAGCUCUGAAGAUGGUACUGUCAAAGUUUGGGAUACCCGAACAGGCAGCUUACAACGCAAUUAUGUCCACAAGAUUCCGGUCAAUGAUGUUGUGAUCCACCCAAACCAGGGCGAACUUAUCAGUGGCGAUCGCGCUGGAAUUGUGCGUGUUUGGGAUCUUGGAGAGAGUGUCUGUACUCAUCAGCUUAUUCCUGAAGAUGAUGUUGCUGUGCAUAGCGUCAGCGUUGCCAGUGAUGGAUCCUUGCUCUGCGCUGGAAACAAAAAGGGAAAUGUUUAUAUUUGGCGUAUGAUACAAGAUGCUGAAUUGACUCGCAUUAUUCCCAUUUGUACCUUCCAAGCACACAAGGACUACCUCACCCGAGUUCUCCUGUCUCCGGAUGUCAAGCAUCUCGCGACUUGCUCCGCGGAUCAUACUGCGAAAGUUUGGAAUCUUGACCCCGACUACCCUCCUGCAAAAGCUGCGGCUGAAGCGGUUGCCAAGGCCAAAGCCAAGGGAAUUGCUCUUCCCGAGACGAAAAAACCUGCUACUUCUGAUCAGACAAACGGAAAUUCAGCCGCAAACGAGAAGUCCCAGGUUCUCAAUUUAUUCAAUAUUGUUGAUCGUCCUUCAACACCUGCUGAACCGCAGCCUCCUUUCCCUGCGCAGCCGGACGGCCCACCCAUGAACCCUGCCACAGGGACUCCUUUCCUCGAAACUACACUAGCCAACCAUCAGCGUUGGGUAUGGGACUGCGCAUUCUCUGCGGACUCGGCAUACCUUGUCACUGUUUCUAGUGAUCAUUAUGCUAGACUCUGGGAGCUGGCUUCUGGGCAAAUUAUUCGCCAAUAUAGCGGACACCAUCGUGGGGCUGUAUGUGUUGCACUUAAUGACUACUCUGAGCCGCGCUGAGUGCUCUGGAUUUUUGAAAGGCUUGUGAUUAUGUAUAUGUUUGAUGGAGCGGUUUCUUUCCCUACCUUGGUGCAUACAUAAUUUUUUUUUUUUCUAGACAGGUUGAAGGCUUUCCCUUUCCGUUUUGGCGCUCACUCCCUGCUCACCGAUACAUCUGAGCAUAGGGUAAGUAGCGAGUAAGAUGUGGCCUCAAUAAAAUGCACCCAGCUCUAGGAGUCUUGACCACGUCAUUGUUUCAGUUCCCUGUCUGAACAACAACAGCCAGGUAUUGGGCAUUGCCCGUGUGGUUAAUGCGUCAGUUCAGCUCAUCUCCACACUACAACUUGGGCAAAACAUGACCAGUUGAAAUUCGAAAGGCCUUCCAAACACGAGUGGGUGACUGCUAGGGGUAUCGACCACGAAGAAUGGGACUGCAUAUUCAAAGCUCCCAACAUGCACUGGUACACGUUCACAGACUCCUAAUAGAUCUAUUGCACUACCAUUAGCGCUCUUCAUUGUCCCCUUUACGCACAAUGUCAUCUCAAAACCGCCAUACUUCAAUGACAUUUAUCUCCAUGCCACCAGCGGCCUGACACGUGACCACAUAUUCCCGUCUUUCCUUUCUUCUUUCUUCAUGUUUGGUAUUCGUUGAGCUAAGUACGGAAUAGCAUAUGUUGCAUUUUCCGUCAUCUAUUCAUAGUACUAGUUAUCACAGAACUUGUACUGAUUUUCUGCAAAUAACACUUAGCCUGGCCUACAGAGCUGUUGUACCAGGGGAUUUCAGUCAGAGACUUUGAUUCCGAUAAUCAAACACUCUGAGCCUGAAUCUGGAUAAGGCUCAGCUACGUUUUUUCCAACCUAUCUGUGGGUUCCUGCAUUCCUG